AUGACUACCACAGCCAUGAACAAGACCUGCAGUGAGCAGGACACGGAAAGUGGGUUGUCAUGCUGCAGUGGCUCAUCGAGAGUGGGAAGGGGAAGCUCCACGGUGAUCCCUCCAGCCGGAACCUCGCGCCAUGUCGUGGCGAGGGUCACCGCGCUUCACAUGUCGGACAUUCCCGUGGGAAUGGUUCUGUUCUGGGCCGCUGCCGGGUCACUGGCUGGCCAGACUGCUUUGCUUGAGCUUUUGGAAAGCCAAGAGAUGAAGAUGGGGGCGGACAGCAGAUUUGGGUGGAUCGCUGAAGGGGGGCUUGGGGGCCCUGUAAGGCCAGGGUUUUUAGGUCAGCAGGUAGCCCCCGAGCACGAGCAAUUUCUAUUGGAUGAUGGCGCUCUGAUGGAUCUUAUCUGA